CUCCUCGUCUCGUGUCUUGCUCACUGCGCCAUCACAAUAAAUUCACUCACUAAAAAGAACGUCGACGAGAUGAGUCAAUUUAACGACUACUAUGCAAACACUGGUGCUGGAGGUGGUGGAUUCAUGACUGGUGGAUCGCCAUAUGGAAGCGCAAGCGGUAGCCCGGGAGGAGCUAGUCGAAAAAGCGAGAUAGCCCACUCCUUACGACCACUGACUGUACUCCAGCUCCUAAAUGCAACCCAAGCACAUUCGGACGCGGAGUGGAUGCUGGAUGAUACAGAACUCGGCCAGGUCACCGUCGUCGGCCACGUCGUUUCAAUACAAAGUCAAGCCACCAAUAACUUAUACUGGCUCGACGAUGGCACGGGUCGCAUCGAAGCCCGACAUUGGAUUGACUCCUCAAUAGAAGAGAGUGAACCGGGAUCAAGUGCCAUCACUGAGGGAUCGUACAUACGCGUAUCCGGCACGUUGAAAAUGUUUGGCAGCAAACGAUACGUAAAUGCGACUCACAUACGGCCAGUCAAGUCGCCUCAUGAAAUAUACUUCCACCUUUUGGAAGCGAUGACGGUCACACUAAUAUGGGCGAAAGGAGCGCCCCCUCGUGCUGGACAAAAUCCAUCAACAACAAUUCCACAGGCCCAGGUUGCCGGACCCCCGGCAGUCGGAGGUUCUGCAUACACAGCUCAGUCGCAUCCUCCGGCUACGACCAACAACCAGUACUCCCAUUUGCCGACGUUGGAAUAUACGAUCAUAACUUUCAUGCUGAGCCAACCUUCUAAAGAGGAAGGCGUGCACGUCCGUUCUAUUGCGCGUGCUGUCGGAGGUAAUGCUGCCGCAAUUAGUGAUGCCUUAGAUAAACUCAUGGAUGACGGUCUCGUCUUUACUACUAUUGACGAUUCGCACUUCAAGGUUGCUGAUUGAUGAACUCUCUAUGGACAUAUAUUUUUGAUGAUGAAAGUUACUUGCGAGUACUUAGGUAGUAUUGAAACUGCCGAGAUUCUUGUUGAAUCCUGAUUGAUUUAGUCGUCGGCUCGUUUCUGCGAGAUUUCUAAGUAUCUGUAUCAGUAGUUAUCUCAAAACGGAAUAUUGUAAACAUUGUUACACAGGGU